AUGCAGCAGCUGUCACAAGCUGCAGGCAGCCAGAAGUUACCGACAGCGGGCCUACCUCUCGAAGAUGUACGCUGGCGCGGAGUGAAGGAGGUGUUCGUCCAAAACCUGCCCGCGCGCAUUUCGCAAGGCAAAUUCCUAGAGUUCGUGCGAUCUCAGGAGGUGCCACAGCCAGACUUCACCCGCUUCCCUGUGUACGGAAACGGAAAGUGCCGCGGCUAUGCCAUUGUGGGCUUCAAGUCUUCAGAUGUGGCCCAUAAGUUCGUGAUCGGUGUGUCCCAGCAGCACAUCCCUGGCUUCCUCAAGGAAGUGCCUCUGGUCUGCACUCCUUGCGAGCGCCGACCGGUGCAUAUCCGGUCCGCUAUCCGCAGCUUCGGUCUGCCUGCCCACGGUGCAGGCUCUGACUCCCAGCCCCGAAUCGUGGAGAGUCGCGGCGUACAGACAUGUUCUGAGCUCUUGAGGCCAUGGCUUCAGCUUGGAGAGAAGGGGAGAAACAAGAUCCCUCCGGACUUCACUUCCACGGAUGAGGAGGUGGCACCAUCGCAGGCAGAGGUCUUUUCCGUGCCGUCUGGUGCGGCAUCCGCGAAGGACUCCGUGUCCCAGCGCUUCCUGCUUCCCGAAGGGGCAGGUGCUACUUCGCAAGAGGUCGUAGAAGACCUCCCAGUUUCCUAA